AUGCCCAUCGCAGCCAACUCAUAUCCGCCUGGAAUGGAGGUUAUAGGAGUUGCAGGCGAGUUCAAUGCUCAAAUCAUCACAACCUUCGGCAUUAUUACGGCCAACCAGCUUUCCGUGCCUAUCAGCCCAUCGGAAUUGUCAGGAUUGUCAGGAAUCGAAAUCGACCUCAAUUUUCAUACCCAGUGGCUUGGUCGCUAUCCACCACUUGAAUGGCCACUGAGGCAGUACUAUCGUGAAAAGCGCCGGAAUGGCACUGGCCAAAACCUCCAGUCCAUUUUCUCGAUCUGCCAGGAGGAAACUUUCUCGGGUGCAGGCCUACGGUGCUUUCGAUGCUAUCAGCCUUAUGAGCGAUUUUUCAAGGGAUUCGUCUUUCAUUUAAGUGAUGGAUCGAUGGAGGGAGUCAACACAAGGGCUACCCACCAGGAUAUCUUGAUGUCUCCAACCCACUAUGUUGAAUUCGCAGUCGAACAAAAUGAGACAAUCACCGACAUGGUUCUAGAUUGUGCCCAUGAGACAAUCAUUAACAGUGACAAGGCGAAACUCAGUGGAUUACAAAUGCACGGAAACGGAUGA